CACCCUGAGAGAGAGUAGCGGCGGGGGAGGCGGGGUGUCACCCCUCCGCAAACUGUCCAGCUUGGAAAUACAAACGCGGCCGCCCGCCUUCGGCCAACCAACACGCACUUCCCGCGGCCUCCCAGGGCGCGUGCUCAUUGCCUCUGCCUCCCUCUUCCUCCUCUGGCGUCCAGCCUCUCGGAUCCCAGUUCUGACCCGGUCACGAGGGGAGAGAGUACAUCGCGGACCUCUCCCGGGCCCCUCCCUAAGGACCCGCUGAGGCCACGCCAGUCGGGAGCCACGCAGAGAUGCUGCUGCGCUCCCCGGCGGCCCUCGUCCCCACCACCUGCUCGCCGGGGAAGGUUGAGUGAAGAGGGCUGAGCAGGGACCUGCAGGACUCCCCCCCUUCAGCCUUCCCUUCCUGCAGAGGACCUGUGGAGCAGCUGUCAGCCCAGAAGGACUCCGGCCUUGACCCCGGCAUGCAGGGGUCCCCCUGCAGUCUCCCUGCUGGGCUCAGCCUGGAUGACUUCAUCCCCAGCCACCUCCGGGUCCAGGCAGGGUCGUCCUCCCGGGGGACACGGGUGCCUGUCAUCCGGAACGGUGGCUCCAACACCCUUAAUUUCCAGUUCCAUGAUCCUGCACCCCGGACUGUGUGCAAUGGGUACUUCCCACAGAGGAGAGAGGGGAGAGAGACUUCCAGACACGCAGGCUCAACAGACGCAGCCUGGUAUCAGACCUGGCCAGGCCCUGGGAGCCGGCCCUCGGGGACCCCGAAGACUCCUGCCCCACAGCGUGCGCAAGACUGGUCAGCCACCUGGACCAAGGACAGCAGGCAUCGGGACAAGCGCUGGGUCAAGUAUGAGGGAAUCGGGCCCGUGGAUGAGAGCGGCAUGCCCAUCGCCCCCCGAUCUAGUGUCAAUAGCCCCAGGGACUGGUACCGGAAAAUGUUCCAGCAGAUUCAUCGGAAAAUGCCAGACCUGCAGCUGGACUGGACAUUGGAGGAGCCACCUAAAGCUGCUGCUCACCCCGGGCUCACCCGCAGAUCUACCCCCAGGACAGGCCCCACUGCAACUCUGAGCGGAAGAAGCUGGAACCUCUCUGAAGAGUUUCCUGGAAGCAGGUCCAACUAUAACUCUGGAGUACCCUCCUCUCCGCUCCAGACCCCAAAUCAGGUGUCCAGACACCGAGAGAAGGCGGACAAUGUCUGGAAAGAAGAGUCCUGGAACCAGUUCAUGCAAGAACUAGAGACAGGGCAGAGGCCGAAGAAACCGCUGGUGGAGGAACCUGCUGAUAAGUCAGUCCAGCCCAUUGAGGUCCUGCUGGAGAGAGAGCUAGCCCAGCUGAGCGCAGAGCUGGACAAGGACCUGCGGGCGAUAGAGACCCGGCUGCCCUCCCCCAAGAGCUCCCGGGCGCCCCGAAGACGGUUCCCCGAGCAGCGGCCGCCGGCCCGCCCGGCCUCCGCCUGGAGCUCCAGCUCCACCCCGCAUGCACUGUACCCGGGCCCCUCCCGAUCCCUGAGCCCCCACAGAAUGGCAGAUGGCGGCAGCCCUUUCCUGGGCCGGAGAGACUUUGCCUACCCAUCUCCUACUAGAGACUCUAGUGCCUCUGAGCCAGGGGGAAGCCCAGUCAGGAAGGAGGAGAAGAAGAUGAAAGCUGCCCGACUCAAGUUUGACUUCCAGGCCCAGUCCCCCAAGGAGCUAACACUACAGAAAGGUGACAUUGUCUAUAUCCACAAGGAGGUGGACAAGAACUGGCUGGAGGGGGAACACCAUGGCCGAGUGGGCAUUUUCCCUGCUAACUAUGUCGAGGUGUUGCCCCCAGAUGAGAUCCCCAAGCCCAUCAAGCAGCCAACCUUUCAGGUGCUGGAAUAUGGAGAAGGCCAGGCACAGUACAACUUUAAGGGGGACCUGGAUGUGGAGCUGUCCUUCCGCAAGGGGGAGCGAAUCUGCUUGAUCCGCAAGGUGAAUGAGAACUGGUAUGAAGGACGCAUCUCGGGCACGGGCCGCCAGGGCAUCUUCCCAGCCAGCUACAUCCAUGUGAGCCGAGAGCCCCGCGUCCGCAUCUGCGACGACAGCCCCCAGCUGCCUGGGUCCCCCCGCCUGACCACCACUGCCCGCCUGGCCCGGAACCCCAGCUCCCCCUCCACCCCGCGCAGACCAGCCAAUCCCUCUGACUGGGGGGGCCCGGCCUCCCCCCACCGCACUGGCUUCUCUUUCACCCAGGAGCCAAGAUCUCAGGCCCAGAGUCUCAGCACCCCCACAUCAGCUCUGCCCCACCCGAAAAGUGCCAGCCAUCCCUUGGACCUAGGGGACAUCCCCUUCAGUGCCACUCAAAUACACUGGACGCCGUACCGGGCUAUGUACCACUACCGGCCCCAGAAUGAAGACGAGCUGGAGCUCCAGAAGGGGGACCGGGUGGACGUCAUGCAGCAGUGUGAUGAUGGCUGGUUCGUGGGUGUCUCCCGGAGGACCCAGAAAUUUGGGACAUUCCCUGGAAAUUACGUAGCCCCGGUGUGAAUGGUCUUCAUGGCAACUGGGGGCCCAGCAAGCUGGGCCUGGAAGCAGUAGCACUUAGGGGAGGGAGAGAGGACCUCCCCUACAUCCUCCCCGCCCUGGGCAGCUGCAGACAACCCCAGAAGCUUUCCCCUCAGAGCUCCCUCGGAGCCUCCUGGACUGGCCCCCACCCCAGCUCACAGGCAUUCCUCUGAGGGCCCUUUCAUCUCCCCCCUGCCCACCCGCCUGCCUGCCAGCUUCCUAAAUACAGAGGUCUGCUUUGAAGUGGA